CCACAAUAGAGGCGUUCCCGCGAGCCUUUGCGGUAGCCCAAGAUGGCGGCCCCCGGUGGCGCCGUGAGGGAUUCAGAGAGUAGUAGCAGCAGCGAGGAGGAGGAGCUGGCGCGGUGCCGUGAGGCUGCGAUGUCGGCCUGGGACCUGGAGCAGCGCCCGCGGGGAGCAGAGAAACCACGAGCCGAUGCUGCAAAUAACAAGUUGCCAGCCCCCCGACUGAGCCUCAGGCAUAAAGUGGAUGAGCACGAACAAGAUGGCAACGAACUUCAGACCACCCCCGAGUUCCGAGCCCACAUAGCCAAGAAGCUGGGAGCCCUUCUGGACAGCUCCAUUACCAUCUCAGAGGUAGUGAAGGCGCCAAGGACAGCUAAGAAACACAAGGUGGCCCCGGAGGAUGACGGCUUUCGGCUUUUCUUCACAUCCAUCCCUGGAGGCGGCGAAGAGGAAGCUUCUCCCCGCCCCCGCCCAAAACGCCAGCCCUCCAGCUCCAGUGAGGACAGUGAUGAGGAGUGGCAGCGGUGCCGGGAGGCAGCCGUGUCAGCCUCGGACAUUCUGCAGGAGUCGGCCAUCCACGUUCCUGUCAAGGUGGAGACGGAGGCCAAGAAGAAGAAAAGGAGGCUGAGGAGGAAAGCCCAGGAGGGGGCGGGCGCUGGCUCAGCUGCAGCCACCAGCCCCGCCCGCGGGACCUCGGUCCAGACCCAGGAAAGGGAGUCAGGGAGGGCCAACGGGGACCCGGUAUCACUGGGGACCAAAAAGAAGAAAAGGAAGAAAAAGGCAAAGAAAGCCAGCGAGGCGUCGCCAUUUUCACCAGCAAAGAGCGCAGCCGCUGCGCCUGCUCACUGACCAGUCUGUGGGCGCCGUCCCCAGCUUGAGGACAGGCACCCAAGGGUGGCGGACCACGAUUCCACGUGAGAGCACCUGGCUGGCAAGCCUCUGCCCACAGACCUGACAGUGUGUGGGGCCUGGCCCAGAGUCUCAGCAAGGCCUAUCCCCAUGUUUCCACGGAGGGCCGGGGUGGACCUCUGGUUCCAGAACAUUCCAUAGCCUCAGGAAGGAGUCUUCCAGCUCUUCAAGACUAGUGGCCGAGUGUUAAAGUUGUCAUCUCCCUCUCACCCUCUGAGAUGGGCAAGGUCUCUCCCUCCCCCACCUCUUCAGCUUGGUGUAGAAGACGUCUUUAGAAAAUGAGGGAAGGAGCCCCCAAGGUGCCAAGGCCCAGGGAAACCUCUGUCCUCCUCCCUCUAGCCCACAUAAGCUUGGUAGAACUGCAAAAGAGGAAAGAUUCCACCCCCUUGUACCAUUCUCCAGAAUUUUCUUUCUCCACAUUUGUGAAUUUAUCAUACACAAUGAUGUCUCCGAGCCAACUAACUCAUCAAAAAUAAAUUGUCAGACCGGGCACAGUGGCCCACACCUAUAAUCCCAGCAGCUUGGGAGGCUGAGGCAUGAGGAUUGGUGAGUUCAAAGCCAGCCUCAGCAAAAGUAAGACACCGAGCAACUCAUUGACACCCUGUCUAUAAAUAGAACACAAAAUAGGGCUGGGGAUAUAGCUGAGUGCCCCAGAGUUCAAUCCCCGGUACCAAAAAAAUAAAAUAAAUUGUCAGAGUAGGGAUGUAGCUCAGUGGAAAAGCACAUGUUUAGCAGGCACAAGGCCCUGGGUUCAGUCCCCAGCACAAAAUGAAAAAAAGAAAAUUGUGGAGGUACCCAGUGCUUGGAAUGUGUUGUGCACGCCCUCCCCAUCAUGCUGGAUUCUCAUGAACUAUUUUCAGUGACAUCCCAUGUGGAAUCCUCCCACCUACCUGCAAGUGCCCCUUCACCCAGCUUCAAGACUUCAGGAAGUGUCCCAGCACCUGUGGACCUGAUUUCAUACAGCAGGGUGUCCUGCAAAGUAGCCGCUCCGGCUUCCUCAUCUUGCCUCAGUCUCACCAGGCAGCUGCGAGCAUGCGCAGUCAGCCCGUCUCCAGGCCCCAGCUGGGAGACUCCUUAACAAGCAACGAGUUUCCAUACAUUUCUUAGAGAUUUUACUAAAAGUUAAAUAAAUGUAGUCCCUCCCCCACAGCUGGCUAUGAGCCACAGAGGUGCUGGGUCUCCCCAGAACCCUUGCUCAAUCCCAGGUAGAGGCUGCCCACUGAGGCCUGGGUUCUCCACCGCAGGCCCAGGAGACAAGAUUCUCACAGCUGCUUUGCCCUCCCAGUGACACUUAGGACCUCAGACUCCUCAGGGUGGCUGCCAACUGCCUAGGCCCCAGUCCUCAGCCAACAGGGCUCCAAGCAUCAGUGCGACCACACAGGUGGUCCCUUUGCUGAUCUUGCCACUCUCUUCUCCCUUGGUCACCCCAGCUCUGCCAGGUGCUCAGGCCUUGCUGCCUUUGGAGCUCAGCAACCUCCCAUCCCAACCAGGGAAGGGCUUGCAGGCACCCCAAGGCCAGACGAGCUGCUGCCCUGGGACCUGGGCUUGACAACUGGUCACAGGAGCAAGGACGGCCCCAAAGUGGUCUUUCAGGUAGUGGCAAGAUGCCAGGCCUGCUUCAGAAGGCUUGAGGAUCAGGAGCAAAUGUCCAGGAAAAUAAGAAGUCCUGGGGCCGUGGAGAGGGGAUGGCUGGGGUGGGAGCAGCAGGAGAGCCCUGUGUUACCUCCCAGUUCGCCUGAGCUGCCUAGGGCUUGGGCGCUGAGCCCCAGGCCUGGGAGAAAGCAACCCCUUGGGACAUGCCUGGUGCAAGGGUACAAAUGGGCACACGUCUCACUCCCUGGGAGGACCUGCAGGGGGCCGAGUGGCCUGUGGAGGCAGAGGUGUCAAUGCAGCUGUGUUGACCUAGGGCCGACUCAGGGACUUGCAGAGCUCAGUGAGUCACAGCUCCCAGGCUUGUGCCAUGAGAAGGUGGCUGCCCGAGCCCCUUGAGUCCCAGGGCUGUCCUCAGGCCCGCGUUGGGGGCUCAGGAGCCCAAGGCUGCCCCUUUCUCUUCCAAGUAACAAGUUUCAACUUCGGCAGACAGGUGGUCCCUCCAGGGUCCCGCCAAGAACAAGCUCUGCUUCCCGCUCUCCACAGUCCCCUCUUAGGCAAGUGACAAUCUCCUCGGGUUGAGGCUCCUCAGAACCGUACCUUUCCAAUGCUGGCAGAGGGAGAGGUGGGGACUGAGGGGAGGCAGCAGCCCUGUGGCAGGCUCAGAGGUGCUCCCGGUGGUGGUGACUGCUGCCUUCGUCACCCCCCAGGCAGGCAGUGCAGGCUCCAGGGCCCAGCCCCUGGUAGGAAGUUGCCACGGUCACUGGGAGGAGGAGGCCAUCUGUGUGGAGAUGAAGGUCUCAAUGACGCCGUGGUUGGAUGGCAGCAGGUGGCCGUGGCCGUUGGUGGAGUCGGAGCUCUGAUACAGCACCAGGCUGCUGGCGGACACUGCGGGGGCAAGGGAGGCUGCUGGCUGCCGGCCACACCCCGGGCCCACCCCACACCUCCCCCAAAGGCAGGAGAGGCAGGGCCUCCGAGGUUCCAGAAACCCAGUGCCAGGCCUCUACCUGGAGCCACCCAGAACGUGGCCUCCUCAGGACAUGUUAGUGGGAACACUACAGAGGUCAGGCGAGAUGGCAUGGGAGCUGCAGUCAGCUCAGCCAGCUGAACCAGGCUGAUUUUGUUUCUAGGAAGGCCUUUCGCGGAUGUGGCUAAGGUCUAGGGUCAGCUGGCUGCUAAAGAGGGGUUGCCCUGAUCGUGUGGGUGGGCCUCAGCUAAUCAGCCUCAGACCUGAAGAGCAAAAGCUGAAGUUUACCAAAGAAGAGGUUAUUCUGCCUCAAGACAUUAAUUCUGAGUGACCAGCCACAGAGGACACUUGCCAGCCCCACAAUUCCACAAACCCUAAAGUAAUUCUCCCCGUAUGUAGUGCGCUUCCUGUUGGGCCUGUGCCUUGGGGGAACCCUGACCGGUGGAUGGGGGUGAGAGAACGGGCUUUGGGGUUGGACCUGGGUUCAUGUCCUGGCUCUGCCACCCAGUAGAUGAGACAGGUCCAUCACCUCGAGUGUCCACUUCCUCCUCUGUAAAAUGAGGAUAAGGCACAUGCCCCAUGGGGUAGAGCAGGAGCUGGAGCAUGGAGUGCCCUUGAGAAUGCCUAGCCCUCGGGGCUGGGGGACCUAGGACCUCCGGGGAGGGCAGCUCCUAAACUCAGGGGUCCUGAUGGCCGCCCAAGCCCCAGUGCCCAGCAGCCUGACUCCCAGGCGCCUGUUCCUAACCCCACAGGUUGCAGGCAGGGGCCACCAGGGUCACCAGGGUGGGGUCAGAGUGGCCAGAAGGCACACCCUGUACUGGGGAGACGGAACAUGGACUCCCAGUUCCCCAGGAGAAACCAGAACGCCAGAUUCCUCUGUGAAAACUCCAGAUUUUUAAAUGUUGCCCAUUAAUUCGAACAAUAUUAAAAGCUGAGCCAAGCCAAACA